CUCACAUCUCAGCCAAUGGCAAAGGAUCCCGAGGCCUUAAAGAGCUGGCGGGGAUGAGCUGGGAGUGCCCCAGACAUUCAAACACCGGAGAGACAGAGGGAGGCUGAGCAGGAGCAGACAGAGCCAGACUGAACCUUGGGGGUGCACCGUGGGCUGAAGAGGAGAAAGAAAGCUUGGCAGAGUAGAGCAGACCCUGAGCAACCUCCCCCUGCCUCCAAAGACCCAGCCCCUUUGAUCCCACCCUGAGUGAGAACCCAAAGGAGUUUCCCUAAGCAGGAGUGUAGGGAACAAACCUCUGUGCCUCCAGCUGCAGUGUCCAGGCCAUGUCCCCUUCCCUGCAUGCAGCCAGGGGUUCCCAGCCACUGCCCUCAGUCUCCGGGGCACCGUGGCUGCUCCUGCUGCCGCUGGCUGCCCUCCUGCCCUCAGCAGAGCCAGCUGGCCCCUUGCCCCGAGAUGAGGAGAUUGUGUUUCCCGAGAGGCUCAACGGCAGCAUCCUGCCAGGUCAGGGACUCCCAGCAAGGUUGCGGUGCCGUCUGCUGGCCUUCGGGGAGACCCUGUUGCUGGAGUUGGAGCAGGACCCUGGUGUGCGAGUUGAGGGGCUCACAGUGCAGUACCUGGGCCCGGCGCUCGAGCUGUUGGACGGCGCUGAGCGGGGCGCCUACCUCACUGGCACCAUCAACGGAGAUCCAGAGUCUGUGGCUUCUCUGCAUUGGGAUGAAGGGGCCCUUCUGGGGGUCCUGCAGUACAGGGGGUCAGAACUGCACCUCCAGCCUCUGGAGGGAGGAGCCCCGAACUCAGCCGGGGGGCCUGGGGCGCACAUCCUGCGCCGGAAGAGUCCUGCCAGCGGCCAGGGCCCCAUGUGCAAUGUCAAGGGACCCCCUGGGGGCCCCAUUUCUGGCCCCCGAAGAGCCAAGCGUUUUGCAUCACUGAGCCGGUUUGUGGAGACCCUUGUGGUGGCAGACAGUAAGAUGGCAGCCUUCCAUGGGGCAGGCCUGAAGCGCUACCUGCUGACGGUUAUGGCAGCUGCUGCCAAGGCCUUCAAGCACCCGAGUAUCCGCAACCCAGUCCACCUGGUGGUAACUCGACUGGUGAUCCUGGGCCCAGGUGAGGAGGGGCCCCAGAUUGACUCCAGCGCCGCCCAGACACUACGAAGCUUCUGCACCUGGCAGCAAGGCCUCAACACCCUUGAGGACUCUGAACCUGAGCACUUUGACACAGCCAUCCUGUUCACCCGCCAGGACCUGUGUGGGGUCUCCACAUGUGACACCCUGGGCAUGGCCGACGUGGGCACUGUGUGUGACCCAGCACGAAGUUGUGCCAUCGUGGAGGAUGACGGGCUCCAGUCAGCCUUCACUGCUGCACAUGAGCUGGGCCACGUCUUCAGCAUGCUGCAUGACAACUCUAAGCCCUGUGCUGAUCACAACAGACUGGGGGGCACCUCCCGCCACGUCAUGGCACCCGUGAUGGCUCAUGUGGACCCUGAGGAGCCCUGGUCACCCUGCAGUGCCCACUUCAUCACAGACUUCCUGGACAAUGGCUAUGGUCACUGUCUCUUAGACAAGCCAGAGGCCCCACUGCACCUGCCGGUGACAUUCCCUGGCAAGGACUACGAUGCUGACCGUCAGUGCCAGUUGACCUUCGGGCCUGACUCCCGUCACUGCCCACAGCUGCCGCCACCCUGUGCUGCCCUCUGGUGCUCUGGCCACCUCAAUGGCCAUGCCAUGUGCCAGACCAAGCACUCUCCAUGGGCUGACGGCACCCGGUGCGGGCCCUCACAGGCCUGCAUGGGAGGUCGUUGUCUCCACGUGGACCAGUUCCGAGACUUCAAUAUCCCGCAGGCUGGGGGCUGGGGGCCCUGGGGCUCUUGGGGUGACUGUUCUCGCAGCUGCGGAGGUGGCGUCCAGUUUUCGUCCCGCGACUGCAAUAAGCCUGUCCCCCGCAACGGUGGCAAGUACUGCGAGGGCCGACGCACCCGAUUCCGGUCCUGCAACACCCAGGACUGCCCCCGGGACUCAGCCUUGACCUUCCGUGAAGAGCAGUGUGCCGCCUACAACCAGCGCACCGACAUGUUCAAGAGCUUCCCAGGGCCCAUGGACUGGGUCCCCCGCUAUGUAGGCGUGGCCGCCCGGGACCAGUGUAAGCUCACCUGCCAGGCAAGGGCGCUGGGCUAUUACUACGUGCUGGAACCGCGGGUGGUUGAUGGGACACCCUGUUCCCCGGACAGCUCCUCAGUCUGUGUCCAGGGCCGCUGCAUCCACGCUGGCUGUGACCGAGUAAUUGGCUCCAAAAAGAAGUUUGACAAGUGUAUGGUGUGCGGUGGGGAUGGCUCAGGCUGCACCAAGCAGUCUGGCUCCUUCCGGAAGUUCAGGUAUGGAUACAAUGAUGUGAUUACGUUCCCAGCUGGGGCCACCCACAUCCUGGUCCGGCCACAGGGACCCCCAGGCCGCAGGAGUCUCUACCUGGCCCUCAAGCUCCCUGAUGGCUCAUAUGCCCUCAAUGGCGAGUACACACUCAUGCCCUCACCCACUGACGUGCUGCUGCCUGGGGCUGUCAGCCUGCGCUACAGUGGGGCCACUGCGGACACUGAAACAUUGUCAGGUCACGGGCCCCUGGCUCAGCCUGUGACUCUUCAGGUCUUGGUAGCAGGUGACUUCCAGAAGGCACGCAUCCGCUACAGCUUCUUUAUGCCCAAGCAGACACCAGUGGCCAUACAGCCUGCACCCCAGGACUGGCUGCAGCGCAAGGCACAGAUUCUGGAGGUUCUCAGACAGAGGAGGCCCUGGGUUGGCAGGAAGUGACCUCACCAUCCCGGUGGCCCUUCCCUGGGCCCCGGGCCUCAGACUUGGCCAGGGGAGAGAGGCCCCUCCCACUCAGAAGCAGUGGGCAGUGUCCCUUUCCACUCUCUGCAGGCUGGCCCUGCCCUGGUGUCCUGCCCUGGCUGGCAGGACUGGGGGAAAGGGGCUGGGAGAUACCCCUUCCCUCCAAUUCACCCCAAUUCGAACCACCCCCUCUGCCCUGAAGAGGUGGGGUGGCUCCUGUUGUAUUUAUUUCAUAUUUAUUCAUCUUUACUUAGCAGCAGGGAAGAGGAUCAGGGUGGGUCUUGGGGAGCUAACCUCUAACCCCCCCAGAACCUUCACCUGCCUGGGAACAUGGUAGUUGGACGAAGGGGUGUGUGUGUGUGUGUGUGUGUGUGUAAGAAAGAAUGUGUCUGUGUUCAUGUGAAAAACUGGGGGACACAAGUCUUGCCUUGUCUUUAGGAUAUAAAUAUUAAUUCUGUUAUUUAUGCAUGUGUGGUGUUCUGUGGAUCACCUCCUUUGCCAAUAGUCAUAAUUCCUCAGAAAUAUCUUGUGAGGGGCGGGGGAAAAAAAAAAAAGAAAUAUCUUGUGGGAUCAAGUCACAUCAAUAAAGAGCUGGCAUCAUGCCUGGGUUUGGCAGAUAACUA